UUAAUUUUAAAACAGCACCCUAAAUUUUGCUGCGAUGUACAUAUUUUAUUAACUUUUGUUGAUGUUAUAACUUGUCUGAGACACAGCAUCGAAGCAACUGCGUAUGGGGUUUCCCUUCGUUUAGUAUUUCUGGACCAUGGGAACUCUAAUGGGGAAGAUCUUGCUUCAGGGCACGUUAAUGUUGACCUCCAAUUUGACGGCGGUGCUGUGUGUCGUCGUGGUGAUCCUGUUAGCCCUGAGGGGCCGGGAGCGCGGCACCCCCCAAGGACCAAGCUUCCAGCGGCCCCCGGGGCCGACCCCCUGGCCCCUAGUGGGGAACCUCCUCCAGAUGGGGGCCCAGAUGCACCUCUCCCUGACCGGGCUGCGGGCGGAGUACGGGGACGUCUUCCGCAUGAAGAUGGGCUCCCUGGAGGUGGUGGUGCUGAGUGGCUACGGAACCAUCCGGAAGGCCCUGGUGCGGCAGGGCGAGAGCUUCUCCGGGAGACCCCAGCUCUUCUCCUUCUCCGCCGUCGGCAACGGGACCAGCAUGACCUUCAGCGAGAAGUACGGCGAGGCCUGGGUCUGCCACAAGAGAUUGUGCCGGAACGCGCUGCGUUCCUUCUCCCAGACGGAGGCCCGGGACUCCUCCUGCUCCUGCCUGCUGGAGGAGCACGUCCGGGCGGAGGCUCUGAGGGUGGUGGGGGCUCUCCGGGGAAGGGGCGAGGGAACGGACCCCGCCGUCCCGCUGGUCACGUCCGUCGCUAACGUGGUGUGCGCGCUCUGCUUCGGCAAGCGGUACGAACACGACGACAAGGAGUUCCUCAGCAUCGUCCAGAUCAACAACGAGGUCCAGCGGCUCUUCGCCUCGGGGAACCUGGCCGACUUCUUCCCUGUCUUCCGCUACCUGCCCAGUCCUUCCCUCCGCAAGCUGUUGCAGUUUAUACACAGGAUGAACAGCUUUAUCGAGAAGAACAUCCAGGAGCACCUCACCACGUUCGAUAAGAGCUGUAUCCGGGACACCCUGAUCACACUUAGCGAGGACAGACAGGAGGAUGGACAGACCAGCAUGCUCUCCAACACUCAGAUAGUGCACACCGUCAAUGACAUUUUUGGAGGAGGAUUUGACACCAUCAUCGCAGGUUUACAGUGGAGUCUGCUCUACCUUAUCAAGUUUCCUGACAUCCAGGCUAAAAUUAAUCAGGAAAUGGAUGAGAAGAUUGGCCCCGACAGACUGCCGAGGUUUGAGGACAAGCCAGAAAUGCCCUUAACAGAGGCUUUUCUAUAUGAAGUAUUCAGGCACACGUCGUAUGUUCCCUUCACAAUACCGCAUUGUACCACAGACAACAGUGUCCUGAAUGGAUAUUUCAUUCCCAAAGACACCUGCAUUUUCAUCAAUCAGUAUCAAGUGAACCAUGACACAGACCUAUGGGGCGAUCCUGGCUCCUUUCGGCCUGAGAGGUUUCUAGACAGUUCUGGCCAUCUGAACAAGGACUUGACAGAAAAGGUGAUGAUAUUCGGGAUGGGUAAGAGGCGUUGCAUUGGUGACAACUUUGCCCGGCUAGAGAUGUUCAUCUUCCUCACCACGCUCCUUCACCACCUCCAGAUUGAAAAUGUGCCCGGCCAGGAGCUCGACCUCACUACGGAGUUUGGCCUGACCAUGAAACCCAAGCCAUAUAAAAUAGCUGUCCUGCCACGCCGUUAGCACCAUAGCCUUACUCUUAGCAGUGUUCGCAUAAUAGUGUUCUUCUCAGUGUUGUUAGCACCACAGCCUUCCUCUUCACAGUGUUAGCAUAAUAGCCUUCCUCUCAGUGGUGUUAGCACCAUAGCCUUUCUCUUAGCAGUGUUAGCAUAACAGCCUUCAUCUCAGUGGCCUUAGUUUUCCUUUAAUCAGAGUUAUUAUCACAGCCUUCCUCUCGCUGGUGUUAGCACCAUUGCUUUACUCUCAGCAGUGUUAGCAUAAUAGCCUUCUUGGUGUGGUAUUAGUGGUGUUAGCACAAUGUCUUCCCCUCAAUCUCAUUACCGUAGGGAAAUGUGAAGCUUUUACUGUCCACAGCUCUACUGCAGCAACAGAUCCAGGAUGUCAUAAGCACGUAUACCCUGUGAGUUUUAUCAAGAGAAGGAGAUGAUUCAUUAAAACCGAACCAUUUAAAUUUUAUUUAUCUUUGUUAUAUAAAGUUAUAACUAUAUACUGUGUGGUCAAUAUUCAAAUGAAUAAUCUUCUAUAGAUUUUUAUAUAUUUAUUUUCUUUUUCUGUUGACCUCAAUACUAUGGAAUAUAACAGCAAUGUAUAAGUCUACUGUAGCAUUGUCCUGUCCUGUGUUUUUUACAUGUUUUUUUAGCAGACAAAUGAAUUAAAUUAAACGAUCAAAUUAGUAAUUGAAAAUUGAGCAUUUAUAGGAAUAUGUAUUAUAAACAAAAAGGAGGGCCCAUUUCAAACAAAGAUAACAAAUUAUGUCAUAUGUGAGGUAUGAUUGCUACUUUUCAUAACGUACAUUUAAUAGUGCUUUCUUGAGCAAUUUCAACUUUUUUAAAACUUCUUGAUGAUUUCUUUGGCUGAGAUGUCUAAAAUGUGUUCAUUACAUUGAAACAUUCAGAUUUUUUUUUUCCUGAGACGGAUAAGUGUAGAGGGAACAUAGCGUAUCCUUAGCGAGUUCAGCGGGACAAUGCCUGCGCAUCAGGGACGGUGUUCUUAACUGCGGGAUUGGGGAGCUGCCUUCGGCGUGUCUAAAGCUAUUAGCUUAGCCAGUCUCCGCGCUAGUCGCGCUGCUGUCCUGUCACGACAGAUUCUGAACAUCUUCAUUUUCUCCCUCCCCCGGGGGCUGCGAUUAGAAUUAGUCUUUGUGUUUAAAAGGCCUUUUACAACUCGUACAAAACGGGCCGCGCAGAGAGAAAGCGGGACCGCCGAAAUUGGGCUGAAGUGAGUAAAUUGGAAAAGCGAUGCGUGGUGGGAGACUUAAACCGGAACUAAACUUCCGUGACGGAAUUUCAUUAAAUUAGACGGAUAUCUUAACAAGUUAAUCAAGCAGUGAGAGGCGGCCUGAAUUGGGCUGGCUCCCUCUCCACAGGUUCUGGCCUGGGCCAGGCCUCUAUGGAGACAGUAGCUAGGGACGGGACAGUGGAACACCCCGGGUUUGGAAAACGACCACAGAGUAAUUAAGCCAUCACGAAUCACCAGAGCCCGAGGGCUUGACGGGGUCAGAUCUUUACCUGGUGCCAAGGUGAGGAGAUGCUACACUCAUUUUAGCUCUAGUUAAUCUGUAACACCCCCUCAAAAUUGGCCUUGUGCAUUGUAAAUUCCCAUCCAGUGUAUUUUAGCCAUCUUACACCCCUCUGCUGUAAAAUACUGAUGUAAAAACCUGUUUUUGGAUGCAUUUAGUAGCAUCCAAUGGAUAAGGCAGAUUCAUUAUGUAGGCCUAUAUGCUUUUUUAAAUGAAAAAGAUAUGGAGGUUACUAGUGCACCUUAGUCACCUGAGCACUUGCCUGUACAGUGAUUGAGUCUGCUUAUGAUAGUAGUUAAGAGUCGUAUAGUAGUUAAGAUAGUACGAUAGUCUUUCAGAAAGAGAGAAAAUAGCCUAUGCACCUUAUAUAAUAUAUAACCAUGUGUGAAUUGUAUGGAAUGUAUGCUUUAACAGUUUUGUAAUGACUGUGAUUUAAUACUACUGUUGGGUAAUGUCAAGCAGCUUUGACAGCUAACAUAGCUGUCCAAUAAACAGCAAGAAAGUCUGACAUAAUAAA